AUGGAGCCUCGCGAUCACGGCCUCAAAGAGUCCUCCGGGGCUGCAUACCACCCCAUCGCUCCGAGGAAAGGACCAGCUCGUACAAAUCGCAACAAGUCCCGGGCGACGAGGGCCCGAAAGUCUCGCUGGUGGCCCAUACCUCGGUCAACAGUAUCUAAAGCCCUUUGUUAUGCGUCUGUCGGCCUCAUUCCAGUCGUGCUACUCCUGUGGCUACCUCUAGAUAUACCGAAAUUAAAGAACACCAAUAUCUUCGAGGGUAGCCCUAUAGGCGGACGACUGACUCUCAUACAAGCCAAAGCACUCGACUUUGUGAGCAGUGCUGUUCUUGCUCCAUUCAUCCUCGCCGCACUUCACUUAAUUAUGUCUGGUAUCCCAGUGUAUACCCUCGUCGAGGCCAGUGCGACUACACCAGGCUCCUUCGAUGUCUUCAAGCUCUGGACGUUAUGUAGUAGCAGGUCCGGCCGGCGAAUGGCGUUAGCUAUACUCACUCUUCUUGCGGCGUUUGCUAAGAGCUUCCUAUCAAAUAUCAUUGCGUACGAGGAGUUUAUGCAGCCCGUUGACGCUACCCCAGUCCAACUCAGACUCCUGGCGGGUCCGUCGAUGUCAUCGACUUCUGAGUACCAGGCCGACAGCACUCACUUCGACGUGAAGCUGAACAGCACCGUGGAUGACUUCUGGGUCGCAAGCCACGACCAAAGGCGGGAGUUUGCCAUGCAGACGACCAGUGUCCUGCAACAAGUAGCCUGGCAAAACUCCAACUUGUCCCUGAACUCAAGUGUGUACGUGGCUGUGAAUGUGACAACGGCGGAGCUAAGCGCAGUUGCUGGCUCUGUCAUCGGCCUGCAUGACGUUCGCGCUGUCCGAGCCACCAUCGAAUGCUGCCCUUAUAGCCCAUCAAGCGUGAAGUAUGUCGACUGGAGUGGUAUCCAGAACGCCGGAUUACCAGCUCCUCGCAUCGAGCUCACUCUUGAUAACUGGACUGCGAAUGUGCCGGCGCCCCUGAGUGUUUUCAAAGACGGCGGGAGUGCUUCGAUCUCGAACUCCUUAGAUUUCCUGGCUUAUAACAUGAGCGCAGAUUCGAUAUAUAUUGGCAGCGUGGCUCUUAUUUCGGCUCCGCUCAUACAGAGAAAUUGGACGAAAAAUAACACAGUACCGUUGGCCACUCCGUUCGGCGCCCUACAAGCCACAAGGCACAACCUAACAGAGAAUGCCAACGGUACAUGCGAUGAGGGGUAUGUCUGCGAAUACCUGGUCUGGGGACUUGUCUGCAGUAUUCAUCAGCAACAAGGGUUGCUCAACCUGGCAAGAGGCACCGCUGGUCAGAAAUGGACCAUAGGUUCUGCUCGCUGGGAACUGACUGAGGAGGUGCACCCAAAGCGACUUCGAACAACUUUGCAAUAA